AUGUUUCUUCUAGCUCUUCUCCCGAUCCUCUCAUAUCUGUCUACAGCUUUGAGUGCGCCAGCGAGAAGAAGCUGUUCAGUCAGCUCAUCAUCCGGAAUACAAGUCGAGAAGCAUGUAGCCGCUUUUGCGAAAGCUACGAAAACUGGAGAAACGGUUGUUAGACCUACAGGCACGGGGGCGGUAAUACCUUCCUCUGUUCUAAUCGCUCCAUCAGCAACCAAGCUUGGCGUAGUCGCUGCGUUCGACAAAGGUAAUUGGGGAUCCUGGGGUGGGCCGAAAUCAAGUACAGCGCCAGUACCUUCGACAAACACAGCCCUGUCUGCAACACAAUCUGCUGGCACCGUAGCGGUGAAUACAGAAGUACCAACCGUGGCAAGUCCUCCUCUGUCCAGUUCAGCAAUCAGUGCUUUUCCCAUUACAGGAUCAGCGGUAGCUUCUGCACCUUCUGUUGCUGCAUCACCGCCAGCUACUUCGACAGCCAAUACCGCUACGGGUGGUGGUAUUAGUAGCGGAGGAGGCGGGGCCGCAGGGUUUGGACUGGAUGAUACUGCUUGGUCAAAAAUAACCAACACUCCUGGGUUGGGUUGGUAUUGGAACUGGGGUGUUACGCCUUUUCAGAUGCAAGCAGAAUUCGUUCCAUGUGUCUUUGGAAAAGUAGUGGCGGAGGCCUUCACUGGGGCUGUACCUGCAGGUACGACACACAUCAUGUCGUUCAAUGAACCGGACCAAAGUUCCGAUGUCGGUGGCUGUGCUAUUCCGGAUGUUGCGGAAGGCGCUAGACUACAUCAGCAGUGGACUAGUAAAUUGACUUCGGAUGUCAAAAUUGGUGCACCAGCCGUUGCUAGAGGUGGUGAUCAAACCUGGUUCAAACCAUGGGUCACAGCAUGUGCGGGAAAUUGCAAGUACGAUUUCAUUCCUAUACAUUUUUAUGGUACUGUCGUGGAAGAUCUGAUCUCCUAUAUCAAAGCAUUUCCCUCUGGUGGUAAACCUAUUUGGGUGACGGAGUUUAGUUGUCACGAUUACAGUACAGGUGAAUCUUGUGACGUAGACAAACAGAAAACUUUCGUGGCUAGUGCGAUUCAGUGGUUCAAAGGUGAAGGCUCGGCGUACGUCGAAAGAUGGGCAUGGUUCGGUGCUAUACCGAAAUACAGCGGUGAACACUGGGGAAUGGAAGGUCCUGACGGGACACUCAACGAAUUAGGUCAGUAUUAUUUGACAUUGUGA